GGUUGGACAUCCGAAACGUAUCAUCAUCUGCAAACCGCCUGCUGCCCCUUUAUCAGUUAUCCGCCGGGUGGAGUUUACGGUCCCAUGGACAAAGACAAGUGAUGGCCAGGGAAACCCAGAUGCACGGCGAGACACACUGAAGGUCCAUGUGACACUGAGCAGCAGAACCCGGGGCCCUUUCCAGUCAAGAGAGCCAACUGCUGUGCUCAACUGUUUUUGUUUCAUUGUUUACAUAUCUUGGACCAGCUGGAGGCUAUUCAAAAGGGAGAGGAUAUCUGCGGCCUUGACUGAUGAUUGAUUUGUUACAAUUGCUUUAAAAUCUACUUUGUAUUUAACAUUUAAUUCAAGUGCACACUACAAACUGAUGGAUAGUGAAAACAAUACAGUGCUUUGAUAUUGCCCCAAGAGGGCAACAACAAGAUGACCACCUCUGCAAAGAUUGAGCCCUUGCUCUGUGUGACAAGAAGUAUGAUCUCUUAGACAUCUUAAUGAAGGCUGUGUUCUGACAAGAGACUAGGGCCACUUGGGGCCAAGAGGCCUGCCCUCUCCUCCAGCCUCAUUUUCAACUAAUUAAUAGAUCACACCAUCCUCCCAACUUCAAGAUGGGGCUGUUCUUUGACCCGUUUGACAACUUGCUGUGUAUUCUCCUGGGCAUCUCCUUCACCGUAUGGUUCACCCUACUGCUGGUCUUCAUCAUUGUGCCUGCCAUCUUUGGGGUGUCCUUUGGUAUCCGACGUCUCUACAUGAAAUCAUUGUUAAAGAUCUUUGAGUGGGCCACACUGAGGAUAGAGAGAGGAGCUAAAGAAAAGAAUCACCUCUUGUACAAACCCUACUCAAAUGCUAUCAUUGCCAAGGAGCCCACCUCCUUGGAGGAGGAGAUCAAGGAGAUCCGGCGAAGCGGCAGCAAUCGAGACCUUGACUCAGCCUCUGAGUUUGAGAUGUCUGACAUCUUCUACUUUGCUCGGCGAGGAGUGGAGAGCAUCAUGGACGAUGAGGUGACCAAGCGCUUCUCUGCCGAGGAGCUGGAGUCCUGGAACCUGCUGACCCGCAGCAACUACAACUUCCAUUAUAUCAGCCUUAGACUGACGGUCCUGUGGGGGCUAGGCGUGCUGAUCCGCUAUGGCUUCCUGCUGCCUCUCAGGGUAACCCUUGCCUUCACUGGUGUGGGCCUCCUCGUGUUCCUUACCUCUAUCAUUGGACUUCUGCCAAAUGGAAGGAUGAAGAACUUCCUGAGUGAGAAGGUCCAUUUGAUGUGCUACAGAAUAUGUGUCAGAGCUCUGACUGCCAUAAUCACCUACCAUGACCGUGAGAAUAAACCCAAGAAUGGAGGAAUCUGUGUUGCCAACCACACUUCCCCCAUCGAUGUCAUCAUCUUGGCCAGCGAUGGCUGCUAUGCAAUGGUUGGCCAAAUCCAUGGUGGCUUGAUGGGGGUCAUUCAGAGGUCCAUGGUCAAGGCCUGCCCACACAUUUGGUUUGAACGCUCAGAAGUCAAAGACCGACAUCUAGUGGCCAAAAGAUUGAGUGACCAUGUGGAAGAUAAAUCUAAAUUGCCAAUUCUGAUUUUCCCAGAAGGUACCUGCAUCAACAACACGUCAGUUAUGAUGUUCAAGAAGGGCAGCUUUGAGAUUGGUUCAACAGUCUACCCUGUGGCUAUUAAGUAUGACCCCCGGUUUGGAGAUGCUUUUUGGAACAGCAGCAAGUUUGGGAUGGUCAACUAUCUGUUACGCAUGAUGAGCAGCUGGGCCAUCGUCUGCAGUGUGUGGUACCUUCCUCCCAUGUGCAGAGAGGAGGGGGAGGACGCUGUGCAGUUUGCCAAUCGUGUAAAAGCAGCCAUAGCCAGGCAAGGUGGCCUGGUCGACCUCCUGUGGGACGGAGGUUUGAAGCGAGGGAAGGUAAAAGAUACCUUUAAAGAAGAACAGCAGAAGCUGUACAGCAAAAUGCUUGUGGGAACCCAAGAGGACCGCAGUCGCUCCUGAAGAAGCUGUAUGGAGACGGACUGGCUCAGAGACCCACUUGGGCACCACUGAAUAAGAAGGCAGUACGCGCUACUCCCUCCCUGUUGGAGUUACUGGACUGGAAAACUCCCUCUCUGAUGUCAACAAUACUCCAUUUGGCUUCCUCAGUCACUGCCUCAGCCUGGCAUGUUCAGUUCGCAUCGCUGUUACGGAUCGUUCUGAGUCUCAUGUCCUUUACUGGAAUGGUUCGACACAGGCCUGGCUUGUAAUAGAAUGGAAAAUAAGGUGCACACGGAAAUGGUGUGCUGUCUUCCUUGGUGGCAGUUUUUUUUUAAGGGAAAAUGUAUCUAAUGUCUGUCAUUGAGUUCUUGUCUUCGGUAGUUUAACCUUUUUAAGUUUUGUUUUACUAUCACAUUGUGUUAAAGUUACAGACCCGACUCGACCUCACAAGUGAGACAGAGUUUUGUAGAUACAGCUAGUUUUUGUUCUAAAGGGCAAACUCUGCGACUUGAGUAGGGAUAACUGGCUUGUAUCCAACAUGACCUAGGGCACAGUGCCACAUUUUGUUACAUUUCAAAUAUUUGUAUUGGCUUCUCCAAGGGAAUAUCCUUCUAUUUUAAGCUUUGUGUUUUACAGUAAACCUUGGAUCUAUAUGUGGUCAAUAUAUGAAUUACUUUUCAGAUGAGCUCUGUUAUCUUUGUUUCUGUGCUAUUUUCCAUGGAAUGUGUAAAUCAGCACGUUAUGAAGUGGAAAUUGUGCAGCCACAGUUACUGUGAUCGGGGGUUUUUUGGAUUGUGACUGAUUUUUCACGUCCCAGAUAAUAUGCAACAUAAUUUUAACUUACAGUCCAUUCCUUUACAAGAAUUUAAGGAUUUGGGGAUUUUCUCAGCAUUGUCUCUUGAGACCCCUGGUAUACAUGUAGAGAAUUAGGAUCAUGAUCAUCACAGUUAGUCUCCAGACUAAAAGAUGUUUGUAAUUACAAACAGCUGAUAAGUCAUCCUCAUAUUAAUACACUCCCUAACAGGCUUCUCUUCAUGUUUUCAUCAGAUUCAUGCUCACUGCAGGGACCAUCUUGCCAAAAUUCACUUAAAGUGACCUCUAAAAGCUAUCAUUUAUUUUUGACUUUUUUUUUUUUUUUCCCCAACGAUGAUCUCUCUCCUGCUUGCUUGCUCAAGGAGGCACCAGGGAGAGACAGAGUGCAGCUGUAGUUUUGGACUCCUUGUAGUUCAGGAAGAUGGUGGACAGCCUUUGCUGUUUUCUCCCUAAAGGGGCUCUCUUCCCCCCCUAGACUUUGCUGUAUCAGGGACAGUCAUUUAGGUAGUGUCAAAUCUGUUCACCAAAAUAAAAAUUCAAGAAUGUGACUCAA